AUGUUUUAACACCUGUUUUAGAUCAAACUAGUGUGAUAGUGACAUGGUAAGACUGAACAAAAAAUGCCAGAGGUGAAAGAAGAAAGGAAGGAGGUGGAAGUAGAUAUGAAGGAGGUGAAAGUAGAUUUGAAAGAAGUGAGAAUAGAUUUGAAGGCAGUGAAAGUGGACAUGAAGGAGGUGGAAGAAGAAGUAAGGGAGGCAGUAGGGAUGGUGCGCGGUCGCCUGACGUCGUGCGACUGGCUCACCGAGGCUGACUUCCCACAAGAUGACUUCCAGCACCUGUACUGUCUCAUUCGCAACAUGGUCGAGAGGAAGGAAAGCAACUCCCUGCUCAUCAUCGGCCCUCCUGGCUCUGGAAAGACAGCUCUUUGGAAAGGAGCUUGGCGUAUCCUCAUGGAGAACAUGCCAAAGUUGAUUAAAUCUUGUACGCUGGUGGAAUUGAACGGUCUGAUCCACGUGGACGACCGGCUCGCCAUCCUCGAGAUCACUAGACGGCUGCGGCUGGAGGACGUGGCUGCAGCCGAAACCUUCUCCUCUCAUGCAGAGAAUCUGCGUUACCUGCUGAGCCGAUUGAAGGACGACGACCAGAAGCGUGGGAUGGUGAUAGUUCUGGAGGAAUUCCAGCUUUUCUCCUCCCAUCGCAAUCAGACUCUCCUUUACAACCUGUUCGACGUUGCACAGAGCUCUCAGACCCCAAUGUGCGUGAUAGGAGUGUCGUCGCGUCUGGACGUGUUGGAGGGUCUGGAGAAGCGGGUGAAGAGUCGCUUCUCCCACCGCCACGUCUACCUCUUUCCGCGGCGGAACCUCCCCGACAUCCACGCCCUCACGCGCCGGAUCGCCUCCCUCCCCGACGCCUUCCCUCAUCCUGCGUUUCAGAAGGAGUGGAACCUGCGGUUGGACGCGUUGCUUCGCCUGCCAUCGGUCGAGAGUGUGCUUCGGCGGCUCUGUGACCUGGGCUUCAACUUCCACGUUCUCAGGGCAUUUCUGUUUCUAGUUAUUAGCAACCUGAAUGCAUCUCAUCCAUACGUGACCGAAGAAGAUGUGACGCGUGCUGCCUCUCUUUUCUUCUACAACCAACGUGCCUCUCUCAUGCAAGGCCUGUCCAUUCUUGAAAUUUCUCUUGUGAUCGCGAUAAAGCAUCUCUGCAAGAUCUACAACGGCCGGCCGUUCAACUUCGAGAUGCUCUUCCACGAGUACGAGAAAUUUGCCCUGAGAGGAUCCUCGAUUCACGUCCACGACAAGGCCGUCGUUGCCAAGGCCUUUGAGAAUCUCCUCACAUUGAAGCUGUUGAGGCGGGUGGAGAGGGGGGAGAUGGGAUCGGGGAGCGUUCCCAAGGAGUACCGGCUCUACGAGGCCCUCAUGUCGCCCGAGGAGAUCUCCGAGCACCUCAUGAAUCUGCCGUCGAUACCCACCGACCUCCAGCAGUGGCUCACGUCUCAACUGGAG